AUGAGGGCGCAUCGGCUUGGCCCAGCACCAUCGAGGACCACUCCAAAUCCACGCCCGCGCCCGGUUAUCAUCAAGCUACUACGCUACACCGACAGGGAUCUCUUGCUGAAAGAAGCUCGUAAGAAAGUCCCAGAAGUGUCGGGAGUGCAACUCAAAUUUGCAGCGGAUUAUAGCGAGGCAACAGCCAAACGUCGAAGACCGUGCUAUAAUAUAAUGCACGAGGCCCGGGCACAAGGUUCCAGUGCCUUUCUUCUGUAUCCAGCAACCAUAAAGCUAUCCCGGGACCACGACAGCUACACGUUCAGCGAGCCAGGUGAGGCCGAAAAGUUUGUGGCUGCUUACAAAGCUGAGAACGGGUGA